GCGGGCUGUAAGUGGAGGCAAAACAAAUGUGACCAAAAUUUGGAAUCUCUCUCUCCCUCCUCCCUUUGUCUCGCUCUUCCUCGCGCUCGUUCCCUUCGAUUCCCGGAUCGUUCCCACCGCCACCGGCGAAUGGGCGACGCCUCCGGGCCCAGCUGCGGCGGCGACGACGAGUGGGAGAUCUGCAACGACAACGGCUUCGUCUACAAGCGCCGCCGCCGCCGCCUAAUCCGGCCGGGCGAGUCGGCGGAAGGCCCGUCCAUCGCCGAGGACCCGGAGGUCGAGCUGAGGCGGCACUGCCGGGCCCGCCGCCGGCGCUGCCUCCUCGACCUUCGGGACAGGUACCGGCAGGAGCUGGAGCAGUGGGAUCUCCUGUCGUCGACUCUCCUCGACCUCGCAGCCCCGCCACCGUCCGCCGCCGCUUCGUCUUCGCGACCCGAGCCACCGUCGGUGGAGCUCCCGGAUCCUCCGGGUGGAUGUAUCCAUCAGCCCUUGGUCGAUGACCUACUCCAUCAGGUGGAGGCUCAAGAGGCGAUUCUCAGGAAGUUGUCGGAGAUCUGCGACUAUGUGGAAUCGUUGUGCAGGGAGAAGGAAGAGGGCUUGGUCGAAUCUCUAAUAGAGUUGCCGAUUUGGGGAAGUCCUCGGUCUCUUAUGACCUCAUUUUCUGAUCGAUUGCUUGAUAACAUCUUAUAGAUCCAUCAGGGAUGUGUGUAUUUUGUACCAUCAUAUGUAUCGUUUUUCCUCAGUUUGCUGAUUCAUGUAUAUCUAUGAUUGUGCGAUGGUUUGCGAGGAAGGGAUAUGGUGCUGGUAGUUAGUAGUUCCUUGGUGCCUGUGCUUUCUUUCUCAUGUAAACUAAUUUAGAACUCUUGACCUCUUUGUCAGAGAAUUUCUAAUUAGUUAA